UAUAGAUUGUGUACUAAUUGAAAGAAUGUGUAAUAAUUACGGGUUUUAGAAAUAAGCAAAUACCGAGCACGGGCAAGCGAUGUCAAAUGGUAAAAGAAUAGUCAUACCGUUGAAAUGAACGCAAAAUGGCCACUAUUAGUCCAUAAGCACGCAAUGCUAGAUCUUGACAAUCAAGUGUAUGUCCUUGAUUUUUUUCACACCACUUAUUCAUUUAUGUAGUAACCUUCAGUCAAGUCAGUUAUCUACCAAAAUUUGAAAGCGGUGGAUGUCGGUUACGAUGAGUAGCGUUUCGGGAAUAUUAAUCUUAGCGUUGUUAAUCAAUGGUGCCUUUAGCGCUAGAAUCUUGGGAGUAUUUCAUGGGUUCGCUUACAGCCACCAACAAGUCGGAAAUAAAAUUCUUUACGAACUCGCCGCGCGAGGUCAUCAGGUUACCGCAAUCGUACCGGCACCGUUUGCCUCAAAGACGCCGAUUAAAAAUUAUACACCAGUAAAAAUUGAGUUGCCCGAUUUUGCAAAAGAUAAAGAGUUGGAUUUAUAUAAGGAAUCUGAAAGGGGAAUCUUAAGCAAAGUGAUAUUUAUGGAUGUGAUGGGAGCCAUUUUUAGUGAAAUGGUUUUUAACCAAACCACCGUGCAAGAGCUUUUAAAGUCAAACGAACAGUUUGAUAUGGUUAUAAUGGAACAAUUUAUUAAUGAGGCGUUUAAAGGGUUUUGUUACCAUUACAAAGCGCACUGUGUUGUUGUUAGCACAGUGGGUACUUCUAGAUGGACCGAUUUUCAAAUGGGCAACCCCAUCAAUCCUGCAUACAUGCCCGAUCUAUAUUUAAGUUACUCGAGCAAUAUGAAUUUUUGUCAACGACUAGUUAAUUCCAUUACCUUUCUUCUGGCAACUUUAAACUUUUUCCUAUUGACGUUGCCUAAGCAUAAUGAAAUAAUGCAGAGGUAUAUACCGGGGACGCCACAUCUCAAUGAAUUGUAUUAUAAUACCUCCCUCAUGCUCCUAAAUUCUCACACCAGCAUUAAUUCCCCGGUACCGUUGGUUCCAAAUAUGAUCGAAAUUGGAGGUUUCCACGUGAACCCACCAAAACCGUUAUCUAAAGAUUUGCAAGAUUACCUAGACGAAGCCAAAGAUGGUGCGAUUUAUUUCAGUAUGGGUUCGAAUUUGCAGGGAAAAGAUAUGAACAAAGAAGUGCGUGACGCUAUCUUAAAAGUUUUCUCAAAGUUGAAGCACAAAGUACUAUGGAAAUGGGAGGCAGACGUUCUUCCCAACCAGCCCAAAAAUGUUCGCUUGGGAAAAUGGUUUCCCCAACAAGAUAUACUGGCACAUCCCAAUAUAAAACUUUUCAUAACGCACGGCGGUUAUUUAAGCACAACCGAGGCAAUUUAUCAUGGGGUACCGAUAGUUGGUAUACCCGUCUUUGGGGAUCAAGAAAUGAACGUUGCCACAGCGGAAAUUGCUGGAUACGGGAAAGGUGUCGGUUACAAAUAUUUAACGGAAGAAUCGUUUGGGAAAGCUGUAAGUGAGGUGUUAAAUAACCCCAAGUACAUGGAAAAUGCAAAGCGGAGGUCGAAAAUACUGCACGAUCAGCCGAUGAAGCCGUUGGAUAAAGCGAUGUAUUGGAUCGAGUAUGUUUUGCGACAUAAUGGUGCGCCUCACCUACGCACGGCCGCCUUAGACUUGCGUUGGUUCCAAGUGCUCUGCUUAGAUGUAAUCUUAUUUGCAGUGUUUACGGUAUUUGCAGUAAUUUUUGCUGUCUAUAAGGCAAUUAGUAUUGCAUGUCGAAGGCGGCCUAGUAAGUCGAAGUUGAAGAGUCAAGCAAAAAAGAAAAAUUAAGUUGGUGUCGAGACAGAGAUCAGUUAAUUGUAGUCGUAUUCCUGUUAGACUUUUGUUUUAUGACGGGCGAUCAAAAAUGAGUUGCUGUCAAGUCUCCAUUGGAAGUUCAAGUUCCCAUGUAAAGAAACAUUCCAAAGGUGACUCGACACCAACUAAUUUUUGAUCGCAUGGUACAAGUUAAUUGCAAAUCAUACACAAGCCAUUUAUUUGCAUAUUUUCUUGUACCUAGGAAUACCUACUAAGUUAUGAAACAUGGUUCCCACAUUUUUUUAUAGGUAGGUAUCUAUACUUAAUGAAAUAAAGAAUGAUAUUGUUUUCUCA